AUGGACGCCGCCAAGCCCGCCCCGGCCCCCGCCCGCCCCGCCGGCCCGGGGCUCUACGCCGACAUCGGCAAGAAGGCCAGAGAUCUCCUCAACAGGGACUACACCGCGGGCCAGAAGUUCACCUUCACCACCACCGCCGCCAACGGAGCUACUAUUACUAGUUCAAGCACAAAGAAAAAUGAAGCUAUCUUGAGCGACCUCCAGACCCAGGUGAAGAUUAAGAAUUGCACAGUGGAUGUGAAAGCAACUUCAGACUCAAGUGUUGUAACUACAAUCACUGUUCCUGAGCUGUACACACCAGGCUUGAAGGGAGUUCUUUCUCUUCCUUUCCCCUACCAGAAGUCUACCCCUGGGAAGGCUGAACUCCAAUACUUGCAUCCCCAUCUUGGCAUCAACGGCAGUGUUGGCCUGAAUCCAAACCCUCUUGUUAACUUUUCUGGCGUCAUUGGGACUAAGGCUUUUGCUCUUGGUAUUGAUGUUGCAUUUGACACUGCCUCUGGUGACUUCACCAAGUACAAUGCUGGAUUGAGCCACACUAAUCAAGAUCUUACUGCUUCGUUGAAUCUGAACAACAAGGCAAACACCCUGGCUGCUUCCUACUACCACCAGGUGCAGCGCACCACUGCUGUGGGAGCAGAGAUCGCUCACAGCUUCUCGAGCAACGAGAACACCAUCACCGUCGGGACGCAGCACGAGCUGGACCCCCUGACCACCGUGAAGGGGCGCUACAACAACUUCGGCAUCGCAAAUGCGCUCAUCCAGCACGCGUGGAGGCCCAAGUCUCUCAUCACCUUAUCCACCGAGGUCGACACCAAGGCCAUUGAGAAGAGCCCCAAGUUCGGGCUGGCCCUGUCACUCAAGCCCUGA